UGGCGGUGUGCAGACUUUCAGCGACACAUUGAGUGCAUGUGGUGCGGGCCUCACACUCAUCGAUGCCCUGGUAGCAGCAGAGGAGAUCAACCCAGGUGUGAUUCCCCCAGCGGGCUUUGCCUUAGUCCGCCCCCCAGGCCACCACGCAGUGCACGCGAGCGCCAUGGGCUUCUGCCUCGUGGACCACGUGGCCGUGGCAGCAAGAUACGCACAGAGCAAGGGGCUCAAGCGCGUGUUCAUUGUGGACUUUGACGUGCACCAUGGGAAUGGCACACACGACCUGUUCUACAACGACCCAGAUGUUUUCUUCCUGUCAACCCACCAGGAGGGUUCGUAUCCGGGCACUGGUCGGUUGGAUGAGGUGGGGCAAGGGGCAGGCGAGGGCACGACAAUAAACAUUCCCCUGCCCGGAGGGGCUGGAGAUAUUGCCAUGGCAACAGUUGUGGAUCGGCUUGUAGCACCGGCUGUAGCACGGUUCAAGCCAGAUAUUAUUCUGGUGUCUGCUGGAUAUGAUGCGCACUACCUUGAUCCACUAGCGUCCCUUCAGUUUCGCACAUCUACCUACCACCGCCUGGGCCAACAACUCUCGCAACUUGCGCGACAGCACUGUAACGGUCGGCUAGUGUUUUUCCUUGAAGGCGGUUAUAAUGUGAAGGCACUUGCUGGAUCGGUAGCUGACACUGUACGGGGAGUUAUUGGGGAUGUUCCUAUCGCGUCUGGAGGCUUAGAUGUAGACGAGGCAAUUUAUGAAGAGCCGGAAAGCAAGGUGGAUGACGUGAUCGAGCAUUGUCGUACCAUUCACUCACUAUAGGAAAGGAAAUAUUCUGCUGGUUUGUCUAGCUUUGCUCUCCCUAGUU